AUUAGCACUUAAGCAAACUGGCUAGUCGGCGUAGAUAGCUAACUUAAAGUUAAUGUUAUAUUUAUCAAACACUACGUUACCGGCCUAUGACAUUGUAAGCAUUUUAUUGCAACAUACUAUACCGUCAUUACUACAUUAACUCUGUGGUUUGCGAGUUUGAAGCUAAAGGUUUGAGCUUGUCAGGAGACACAAAAGAAAAUGGACUUACCCUCUUCUGACCUACCGUCCACCUCACUUAAAGAUUCACAGAUGACAGAAGACUCAAACCACAGUCCAUCAAGAGGGAAGUCCUCGAGCAACAGUAUGACUGACACUGGAGAGCAGCACACCAGCUCAGGUAUAGAUGACAUCAGCAAGAGUGCUCAGGAGCUGGUGAUAAAGAUAAACGACAGCCGCACCAGUGACCAGAAAGUGUUCAACAGCUUCCAGGAGAAGUUAUUGAAGAAGGUGACUGAGAUGUGUCAACAGAUGCAGGAGCACAUGUACAACGUCUAUGAAGAGAACAGUAAUGUGAUGCAGGUGUAUCUGCAAGAGUUGUCAGACGUGCUGGAGCGCUGCAGUCAGCUCAACAGUGAGCUCUUCAACGCCAGUCAGGCACUAGAGAGUCUUAGAGGGGGCCUGGCCAUUAGCCAUGCAUCAGAACCCUGAGAAAUUCCUGCUCUGGUGUCUGUAUUAUUGAUCUAGUUCAUGUGUUCUUAUUUUGUAAUUUUAUGCAGAGUAUUCAGAAUAGCUGACUGUCCAAAUGCUGUAGACUGUCUUUGCAGGACUGUAGUUCAGGUUACGGCUCAUGAUCACAGUCAAAGAACACAAAAACAA